AUGUCAACUACUCAAAGAAGCGAGGGAAUGAAUGCUUUCUUUGAUGGUUUUAUUAAUUCCACUACCACCCUGCAACAAUUUGUGAUUCAAUACGAUAAUGCUCUAAAAGUUAAGGCACAAAAAGAAUUAGAAGCUAAUUUUGCCUCUCUAAAUACAACAGUUGCAUGUGGGUCUCAAUCACUAAUUGAGAGACAAUUUCAAGUUGAGUACACACAUGAAAAAUUUGAGGAAGUACAAAAUGAGUUUCGAUCAAGGAUGAAUUGUUUCAUUAAAGACACAGUGAAGGAAAGUAUUUUCAACAUCUACACAAUUAAAGAAGAGUGCAUGUGGGAGGGAAAAUGUGUGCCAAAAUAUUACCAUGUUCAAUUUGAUCCUGUUUUAAAAGAGAUUACUUGCUCCUGCCUACUGUUCGAGUUUAGAGGCAUUAUAUGUAGGCAUUCGCUAUUGGUUCUAGGUCAGGAAGAUGUUCAUAAUGUACCCUCAAAAUAUGUACUUCGGCGUUGGAGCAAAAACAUCCGUAGAAAGCACACACUUAUUAGAGCAGCUUAUAGUUCUUUACAACAUGAUCCCAAGAUGCAAAGAUACCAAACUUUGUGUAAGCAGUUCUAUAAUCUGGCUGAGGCUGCAUGUGAAUCUGAAUGUGCUUCUGAUCAAUUGGAAAAAGAUUUGAAAUGUCUUGCUAAAAAGUUCGGUUUGAGUUCAAGUCUGAAAAAUAACAUCGUAAGUGAGGGAGGACAAUUAAGGUAUGAGAAUGUCGUCCCAGAAAAUCCAUCCUACAAUACAUGCAGAAGUAGUGACGUACUAGUUCGCAGUCCCGUCGCGGUUAAGCGAAAAGGCCGACCAAGAACUAACAGAUUGAAAUCAACCGUUGAAAGUAGGUGCAAAAAGAAAUCAAAGGCAACUAAAAAAAAUUCUUCAACAACACCUUCUCAACCAAAUGUGAGAGCAUUAAAUGUUAGUUUUCCUAUAAUUAUCAUUAGUACAAAUAUUGUUAUCUUCUGUUACAUGUUGGUAAUGCGUGUUACUUUAUGCACUCAGGUAACCACAACAUGUAAUGUAGCACAAAACCCCCAGGACAUGGAAUAUGCAUCCCAAACAGUUCAGAUAUCCCAACUAUCUGAAGUUGCUCCUAAUGGCUUUAUGUCCUUGCUCUCUGCGGUCCAUAACACUUUUGAGAAUAUAUAA